AAAGCUUAUGAAAAUCUAAUUGAUCGCAAUCUAUCUAUGCGUCUGCGGUACAAGAUUAUUCGUUCCUUCUAUUUGCUAAAAAGGCGCAAAUCAUCCAAAUAUAAGAUGGCGGCUACCAGUUGUAUCGAGCCUGCAGGUAUCGUUACAAUAGAGACGAUGUCUGUUUUUGCUUUAUUACAUCUGUGCCACCCGUUUACCAUAAGCUUGGCCACUCGCUGUUUACUUAUCUAUCAGUCUAUUGUGUCCCAUAAACAUAAGGCGACUGAGCACUAGCGCAGCCUUGGCUUCUGACCGGGGUAGUGUGUCACCUUUUUAUGUUUGUGUCUUGUAUAUGUGUCUGUUUGUGUCCUGAUUAAGUAGCGUAAUGUUGAGCUGGGGCUGAGGUAGUUGUGCCACUAUUGGUUAGUUAUUUCCUUCCUACCUGUGCGCUAUACACUAGUGUUAAUAAAUACAAAAUUUUAUUAUUAUAAAAAAGUGCAACUAGUGCAUAACUACUACUGUAAGAAAUGUCAACUGGACCGAGUGAACAAUUGGCCUUCAGUCAGUUUCGCUUUGUAAACUUGGAAAUGAUUUGCGUUGGGAAGUGCGUGACUGAGAUGUGUUAAAUAUACGAACUACCCUAAUGUGCAGGCUUCUGGAUGGUGGACACCGGUGAAAGAGCGCCUUACUCUCAAGCGACACUUCGACUAGUCAGCCGAGCGUAGUUUCGUGAAUGAGUAAGUUAUACCGCAUUGUGAUCAGCCUCAAGGAUGUUAUCCCCUAUUUCAUGCCCGGGAGCGAAGAAGGGGAUUCCCGCCCCAUCUCGUAUACGACCGCCUACCUCCGUUUCGAGUACGGGUGGCCAACCAGCUUCAGCAGCGGUGGCCCGGAGCACAAGUUCGGCAAGUCUCGGGUGUGAAGCCAUUUCCCGUUCGCUGUCAAACGCUUCCUCCGCGUCCAAUCUCGCAUCGGAGACUGAGGCGGAGAGGGGGCCAGCCGCAGCGUGCAGCGCCGGUGACACGAACGCCACAGUCAUCAACCACCAUCAACAAUUAUUAGAUGCAGCAACGGCAUCUGACUCAAUCAACCCAUCGGACAUCUUAACUCAUGAUGUUGAUGAUUUUAUCAUCGGCGACCGCGUUUGGGUUAAUGGCUCCAAACCGGGUUACAUUCAGUUUAUUGGAGAAACAAAGUUUGCGCCCGGUGACUGGGCUGGUGUUGUGCUCGAUGAACCGAUCGGUAAAAAUGAUGGCGCCGUCUCGGGUGUACGCUAUUUUCAAUGUGAACCACGUCGAGGGGUUUUCGCGAGACCCCAACGUCUGUCACGUUAUCCGACCACCGUGACAGCCUUAAGCGGCGGCCCAAGUGAGUCGACACUCAUUCAGGAGUCGCCGGGGAAGUCUGUUACGACAAGGACGGUCGUCCGACCAUGUUCACCGGCAACUGCUGGUCGUACGACGCCGAACUCACCACGAGCUGUGAUCACAAAUACGGAAUCGGUGGCUGUCGAUCACGGAUUGCGCAUUGGCGAUCGCGUCAUUGUGAAUGCUUCGUCAGGCUUCAAAGCAGGGACCUUACGCUAUAUUGGAACGACCGAGUUCGCUCAAGGUCAUUGGUGCGGUGUUGAGUUGGAUGAGCCAACAGGAAAGAACGAUGGUUCGGUUAACGGAAAGAGAUACUUUGCGUGUCGCUCAAAGUAUGGCCUGUUUGCACCGGUCCACAAAGUAGCGCGUGAAGGUGGCCAUACGACAACGACGGUGCACACUACAACGCGAACAACGAAAAUCACUUCACCUCCGCGUCUUCUAUCGCGCACAGGUAGCCGAGAGAGCGUGGCCAGCGUAACUAGCAACAUCAGCUCCACUUCAACCUCGAGCAAAAACUCACUGACAGCGGCCAGACAACUUCAGCAGCGCCAAAAUUUGAAACCCCGAUUAGGGGUGACGGCACUAGCAGAAAGGGCCUCAGCAACAGGACAACAACAACAACAACAAAUCUCCCAGCAGCAGACUAGCACAGGAAGCAACAGUCAGUCUACUAAAAUUAAAUUACUGACGAGCAAACACAGCAACCCUGUUCCCCCUAACGCUCAGAGCGUAUUGCAAGACGCGCUUCGCGAAAAGGAAGAGCAUAUCGAACAGCUUCUCAAGGAGCGCGAUUUAGAGCAAACCGAAAUUGCCCGUGUUACGGCGCACCGCGAGAAAGCUGAAGCCGAACUUCAUGCACUUCAAGCUGACUAUACAAAAGCAACCGAAGCUUCUGCUGCAGAACAGGCAGCUCUAAGACGGCGUCUAGCCGAAUUGGAAAGGGAGCAAGACGAGUCGAAGAAGAAGUUCGAGGACCUCCAGUUCGAACUGGAAGAGCUCCAGAUCAUCACGGUUGAGACUGAGCGAGAGCGCCAAGACCUCGUGAAAAAGGUCGGAGAUCUGCAGACUGCUUUGAACGCAGCUGUGAGCGGUAACGGUAGUGAUGUCUCAAGUCAAGCGAACCUUAGAAUUAUUGAGCUCGAAGCAGUGCACCGCCAGCAAAUGGAGGAUAUUAAGAAAAAAUUGGAAGAUGCGCGUGAAAAGCUGAAAGCCGUUAAAGAUAUGAGGGAAAAUGAUAAUAAUUCUCACAAAGAGACUGAAAAAGCUAUAAGCCUAAAGCAAGAACAACUGAAAACGUUAAACAAUGAGCUUAGUAACAGCAGAAGGGAGUGCGAGAGUCUUCGGGCUAAGGUUGAACAGCUCGAAAGCGAACUGUUUGAAAUGGCUGAAAAGAAUCAAGACACUAGGUCGGACGAAAUCGAAGAAUUGCGCAGCAAAUUAACGGAGAGUGAUAGGAAGCUGAUCGAGGAGCGCCAGUCCUUGCUGAAGACCCAAACAGAGAGGACCGACCUCCUAACCCAGUGCGACAUCUUCGAGAACCAAAUCAAGGAACUUCAAAGAACAAAUGAUAAUCUACAGCAAGAUUUAGGCAGGAUCACGUCCGAUCAUGAACGAUUAUCUGCUGAAUUACGUGACGAAAUAGAUGUGCUACGAAACAAAUUGCAAGUUCCUACAUCUGAAAUUAGUGACCUCGAGGAAAAAAUGAAGGACCAGGAGGAUAAAAUGUCGUCGAUGAAAAGCAAGAUCAGUGAGCUGUUAAACGAAAAGGAAUCCCUCUCGAAUGAGUUAGAGACAUCUCAUUUAGAGUUGGAAACGAAGAAAAAAUAUUACGAAGCUACGAUAAAGAAAGUGGAGCAAGAACGUGAAUCACUUCGAGUUGCUAUGGAAAACACAACGGCAGGAUUAAAAACAGAACUUAAUAACCUAAAGGCACUGUUGGAUCAAACUCUAAAGGACGGUGACGGCGUCCAGGAACGCCUUACUGCCGCCAAUGCCGAACUCAAAGAACUGCGUCUUCGUGAAGCCAAAAUUUUGUGCGAUCUUGAGAACACUCAGGGGACCCUGGCUUCAGCGAUCAGUGAGACAGAAAUGCUUCGUGGUGAUUUUGGCCAUUUAAAAGUCUGCCUUGCUGAGAUAGAUCGUAAAAAGGUCAAGGCCGAACGCGAAUUGGAGAAAGAAAGUGAUCGUCGUCAACUACUCGAACAGAAACUUAUUCAUGUCGAAACGUUACUCAUUAACGAGAAAGAGGCAUCUAAACGGCGCCUCGAUGACGUCGAGGAGAGUUUGGAACGUUCGCGUCAAUUGGCAGGCGCUCAAAGCACCGCUAGCCAAGCCGCUUUGAAGAGGCUACAAGAGGAGAAAGAUGAUGUUGAUCGACAAGUGGACCAACUUCGUAGAAGUGUCAGAGACUAUCAGGAACAGCUAGAUGAGGAGAAGCGAUGCGGUAAAAGACUCGAAGAAAGCAACAGCCAGUUAGGUGAACAACUCGAAUCACUGCGAAAACUCGUAGAGUCAACAGCUACUGACAAGGAUCGUGAUCUAGGGUUGCUUCUAGCGCAACUGGAAGAAAAGCGCCGAUAUGAGGAUAAACUUCAGGGCGAACUAGUUGACGCAAUCAACGAUAGCGAGCGUCUCCGAAGAGAACAUUCUGAACAAAGAAAACAAUUGGAAGAUAUGAAAUGCCAGCUGGAUAAAAAGUCGGAACAACUCAUUCGGGCAGAGAAGUCGUUACGAAAGAAUGAGGCGGAUCGCAAAGAACAGGUUCUCAACUUUAAAGGACAAAUGGAAGGACUCAGGAAUGAAUUCGACAGGUACCGACGAACGCUUGAGGAGCAACUCAAAAGCACUGCGAUUACAUCCAGCGAAAUCGAGGGACAACGUGAACUGGUUGAGCAGCUCCAUAGGCAGUUAUCGGUGAAGGAGGCUGAAGCGCGAGAAAGUGGUGACGAGGUAGCAGCACUGCAUAUGCGCAUCAAGGAUCUUGAAAAGAGCCUCGAAUUGCAAAGAAUCAAAAAUGAGAAUCUUCAGCAACAAAAUCAGCAGGCCAGGAUGCAAAAUCGCUCCCAACGCUCAAACUCACCAACUAAAAAGUUUCCGUUUGGCGAUGGAAUAGCAGCGGACGAAGACAAAGACUCACAAAUAGAUUUCCUUAACUCGAUUAUAGUCGACAUGCAACGCAAAAACGAUGAAUAUCGCGCUAGAAUCCAAGUUCUAGAAACAACAGGACCUACGGAUUUUAAACCAUCCAUUGCCGACAUGUCAAGUACAUUGGAAAGACCGUCGAUUAAAAGAACAGUUGUGCGAGUGCCCCGAACAUUUUGCGACAUUUGCGAAGUUUUCGACUUGCAUGAAACAGAGGAUUGUCCGCGACAAGCAAGCUAUGUUAUUGAGGCGAGCAGUCACUCCCAUCAUGGAGGUCCAAAGGGGAUCAGCAGCCGCCCUUAUUGUGACAAUUGCGAAACUUUCGGUCAUACCGAAGCAGAUUGCGAUAUAGAAGAAUUCUAACUACAAUGUUUUGCUAUUCUUUGUAUCACAAUUCUGAUUAAAUCAGAACUAAUGACUACUUUCAUGUCUGUUUACUUAAAAUAAUAUGUCAAGUGACUGUUAAUAGGUCAUAUGGACAUAACAGUGCUGUACCGGUUUACCUAGCUUUUCCAUAAAAACGCAGUAUUUUUAUUGCACAGGUUCAAAUAACCAGUUCUUCAAUCUUCUUUAUCAACCUUUUUAAUAGUCUUUUAAUACAAAAUGGUUAUUUCCUACGCUUCAGCGUUUAACAAAACGUAAUUAAUCCACAAUUCGUUGUUACGACACGAAAUGCAAAUUUACAUUGUUACUAAAAAAACAGUUGAAAAAGGUAAAGCAUAUUAAAACGCAAGGUUGACUCUACUGGAAACAAUAUUUUCACGAAGAUCGAAAACUGUGAGAUCGAUACUGAGAUUAGGUGACUGCUCACAGUGUUACCUUAGAUGAACAUACUUUAUGGCAAAAGUUCCCGCUCCUACCCAUCUAGCUUAGCAUGUAGUUAAAUGAAGAUAUAUCAUUUUGAAUAUUUAAUAACUCCAAAAUGCACAUCAGUGUUUACAUUGUUUACACAAUAAUCAUCUAGAUAGGUAUUCCUUUUUAUGAAGAGCAGUUGCAUUUUAGAUUUAGGACCUUCAAUUGGUGCAAAUUAUGCCCCUUGAACCUACUUUCUAAUAUUAUUAGAAUCUCUAUAUCCGAUUUGAAAUUAUUGUAUGACCUACAACAAAACGUCUUUCUCGACGGACUGGAACGAAGUGCUUGACGAGAUGCGUGCGAUUAUCAGAGCUAAGUUAAUGAUGACCAAGGUGCCAGAGUUGCGCAGCAUCUGAAUUCCCACGCCCUGGAAACUACGCCUAAGCCCAUUUUGCACGCUUCAUGUUACGGUGCUUUCACGAAAGACGAGAAAAAAUGGUUUAAAUCACGAAAACUUUGAUUUUAUUAAAAAUAUUACCUGUCUUGUCAGCUUUAAUCGGUCACGCAUGCAACUUCCGUGAGUUUUUUUGAGCUAAUAUUUGGCAUUGAUAUUUUCAGAAUAUUACUAUAUACAUGCGUGUCUACUAUAAUUGCAAGACAUUUUCUCCAGAGGUCUGCCUCACAAAACGGAUUACAAUCGAUGGUUCAAAACUGCAGAUGUAAGAUUUUCUAAAGAAAAGGUCAACCACCACUCACGUAACACACUAUUGUAUCCAUAUGACCAGUUAGUUGUAUAAUUUUGUGUCGUAAAACGCUCUCAGUUCCGCUGGUGAUAUUUAUCUACGUGCUCUCGUUCAGUUAUAUAAAGCCGUAGAACGCGACAGAAAAGGACCGAGCAACCGAAACUAUUGUUACUUUAUAAUUUCACGACGAAACUGCCUAGCCUAAAAGGUCCUCGCCAAAUUAAUGUUAAUAAUAAGUACCUGAGUCCAAUGACUGGCUUGUGCAACAGAUGCAAAUAAAUUUAUGUAAUAGUUGUACGUAAUAAUUAUGGAAACUAACAGUCUUGCACCUCUUAGUCGAUUGUCUAUAUUCAGCUAUUCAGACUCAAUUCUCUUAAUACAUAAUAAAGCUAUCGGAAUACAGCCGAAGGAUUGGCUUGCCUGACUGUACAAUACAAAAUUAAAAUGUUACCUUUUCAAUUUAGCCGUUAGUUUCAAUAUUUAACAGAGAGUGCGCCUAGCCCACUAGUGUAUUUGCUUAUUACAGAUAUUGAGAUCAGUUACACUACGUAUUUAAUUAACUGAACCCGUAAAAACAACCCGGCUGUAAAUUAGGAAGUAAACCUAGACGUUUGCAGUUUGUAUGAUAAUUUUAGAAUUCGUUAAUUCAUCAUAGUAACCCUAGUAAAGGGUAUUUUAUUUUUUAUAGUUAGUUCUCUAUAGUGGUCUUUGGGUCGCUAAUAUUAAUCUAUAUCGCUAACAACUGGUAAUAAUAAUACCUAUUAUGUAUUUUAAUUUAAAACAACACAAGAUUCUUUUAAUCGAAGAACCAAAAACGCGUCUUGACAAGAGACAAAGAAUCACGAAUACUCACUUUAUUCAAAAACAAAGGCCGGGUUAGCUCUGUUUUGUCGUUCUACCACUUCCAACGACGUGUGCGGGUAGUAACGAGUCGUGUCAAAG